AUGGCCCCCGAAGUCCGUACGCAGUUGUUUUCAACUUUCAUGCAUACCUUUUUCUCGCGCAAUACAAAAACAAAUAGCAAGGACGACAGCUUAUACUUUUUGAUGGCCCAUUUCCCGAUUCUGGCUGGGGAAUCGGAACUGGUUGAUCGAUCUGUCAUCGCACUAGUAUCCGCAGUUCUAGCGAAAAAGGCAAAUGAUAGCUUGUUAACACGCCAGGGUUUGGAGAUUUAUAACAGUGCGCUUGAUGUGAUGUCAUGCACCUUGCGGAGAAAGGCUCCGCCAACAUCAAACAUGCUCUACGCAACUAUUUUAUUCCACACAUAUGAGACCAUGUAUGACAAUGCAGACGCAUUGCGAAAAUGCUUUCUACAUGUACAAGGGGCCUCUGCUCUCAUAAAACAUCACGAUUUCAAAAGAGAUGAUACUCGAGCCCUGACCGAGGCAAUGUUGAACAGGCAAAAGUGGGCAGCGUCAUUCUUCCUUCUGAAUACAAACUUCGAAUCGGCGGCAGACUGGGAGUGUCUUGCCCUCAAACAGGAUGAUAGCCCAAUGGACGAGCUUUUCCGAUUUAUUGCCCAAUACGCCCUCAUUCAGAGGCAAUUUUUGGAUCUCAGCUUCAAGGGAGGCUUCAAACGGAUUGGCUUUGCGGGACAGCCCGAGCGCUCAACGGCAAACCUUCUCCACUCAGCGACAAUCAAAUCCAGCACGACCCAAGACUGUGGCCUUUGGACCCCGAGCUGA